AUGGUCGCGGCCAAGAUCUGUUUACUUCUCUGUGCCGUCGGAGCGCAGUAUUAUGCCAUGACACCUCCAAAUGCCAGACCUCUUCCAAAGGAGCGCUUGAAGCCCACUGGUUGGGAACUUCCCAUCGCCUUUUGGGUACACAUUUUAGCCAAGCACAUUCUCUGUGUUUGCGUUUUGUCGGAAAUUUUGGUUGCAUAUGCAACGAGAUAUGAAUCGACUGCCAUAUCGGAACCCAUAAUUGCAUUCCUAGUCCAGAGUGACUCCUGUUCUCUCUCCUUGGACCGUACAGUGUCGUCACCUGCACUUAUAACCGGGUCUUGCCUGAGCGUCAUCGGCAGCGCUAUUCGUAUCCACUGCUAUUCGACCCUAGGAAAGUUCUUCACCUUCGAACUAAGUAUCCGACAGGAUCAUAAGCUGAUCACAUCUGGACCUUAUUCUAUUGUUCGACAUCCCAGCUAUACCAGUGGAUUAUGUGUUUUUCUGGGCGUCUUGCUCUGUCAUUUCCACACUCAGUCAUGGGUAGUUUCUUGUUCGGGCGUCUUUCCUUCAUCAAGUCAGGCGGUCAAGUUGACCUUGGCAUGUGUUUGGGUGGCAUUCAUAAGCGUUGUUUAUUCUGGACUUGGCAGUCGUAUAAAGAAGGAGGAGGAGAUGUUAGAGGGAAAUUUUGGGGACCAAUGGAGAAGUUAUGCAAAAAGGGUACCUUACAGACUAGUUCCAUGGUUGUACUAG